CAUCAUCCUCUCUCUCUCUCUCUCUCUCUCUCUCUCCACCCACAACCACUUAUUAACCCCAGUUUACUUGACCAUACCCAUCUGCGUUUAUAUAUACAGCUUCUCCUCCGCCUCUUCGAGACCUUCUCCUCUCUCUCUCUCUCUCUGUACUGUCUGUGUUUUUCUGCCCAAGUCAUUCCGACGUUGGUUCACCCUUUGCUUAGUAUAUGCAAACAGAUUAGAGGAUAGAGCAAUAUAAUCACAAGGAGGAGAGAAAGAGAAGAUCAUGAGUUGCAACGGGUGCAGAGUGCUUCGAAAGGGAUGCAGCGAGAACUGCAUCCUGAGGCCGUGCUUGCAGUGGAUCGAAUCCCCUGAAUCGCAAGGCCACGCCACCCUCUUCGUCGCCAAGUUCUUUGGCCGCGCCGGCCUUAUGUCUUUCAUCUCCGCCGUUCCCCUUAAUCAACGUCCUGCUUUGUUCCAAUCGCUGUUGUUCGAAGCCUGCGGCCGAACAGUGAAUCCGGUGAACGGAGCGGUGGGGCUUCUAUGGACGGGGAACUGGCACGUGUGCCAGGCGGCGGUCCAAACCGUCCUCCGCGGCGGCACUUUGCGGCCGCUCCCCGAGUUCCUCACCGGCGGCGCCGCCCUAUCCCUGCCGGACCUCGACGACGCCUCCGAAGCCGAAAUCAACUGCACAGCAAACAUUCUAAAUCUCGAUCGAGAUCCGAGCCCCAAAUCUGAAUCGAAAGCGCCAAAUCGCCGGCGUUUCGACGGCGAUCAGUUAGGAGAUCUCGGACUCAGUUUGACGCCGUCUGCUCCCGUUAAAUUAGAAGAUUUCGAGAGUAAGAGUGAGAAGCGGCGACGAGACGGAACGCCGUCGUUUAACUCUGAGGAAUCUGGGACGAGUAACUGCUUCGAAAGCGGUGGUAAUUUCGUUGUUGGAGGAGAAACGAAAAUUCUAAACCUGUUCAACUGAUUCGAAAUUGAGCAAUGACACGAACCGCAACUUUAAAAUACAAUUCUUGACACACACAUGACGGCACCCAGAGCGGUUCGAUGCACGAGGGUUUCACUUACAUCAAACGUUUUCGGACACAAUUGUGUUCUGGAAUUAUGUUCCUCGACUUUUCCUUUGGAAUUUCGGGGUUAGUUUCUUAUGCAUCAUGAUCUUUGUGGUGUUAUUAUCAGCCAGUCUCUUGUAAUUUUUAGUGUUUGGGGGAAGAGAUUUUGUUAAAUCACCGUCACUGGAUUUCCCUGUUUGGAAAAAUGAAAGUUCUAACGGUGGAUCGUUUUGUCUUGUGUAAUUUCGCCUUUGCGUCUAGCAAACGACUGUUGCGACUUGAAUAAAUCAGCAAUGUUUCGUC